GUGUUUACAAACACCUUGGUGAGAUAACGCGAAAAGCCAUUAAGGAAUGUAGAAUAGCCGUAGUUCAAAAGCUGCCAUCAUGCCUGAAAGUGUACCAAUCAAAGUGUGUGGACGAUGUAGACCACUGACUCAGGAGGAGGCAACUAAAGGGGUGAAAAGUGUGGUCAAAUCUUCAGGAGACAAAUUACUAAUUGAAUCGGGUGGGAAGGAGCAUUCAUUUUCUUUUGAUGGAGCAUAUUCCAGUGAUGUAAAAAAUGAACAAAUUUACAAAGAGCGGUGUGAACCAAUUCUACAGAGAGCACUUGAAGGAUUCAAUGUAAGCAUUAUUGCUCUUGGGGCAACAAAUGCUGGAAAGACCUAUCUAAUGUCAGGGACUGAGAGUGAUCCAGGGAUUGCACCUUGCUUCAUGAGAAAUCUUUACCAAGCCAUUGGUGAGAGGAGCAACAAGGAGUUCUUCAUCACUGUUUCCUACUUGGAGGUUUUAGAUGAGAAGAUGAGUGAUUUGUUGAAUCCUCAUGUCAACCAAAUGAAGAUUCGUCAUCACCCUCAUAAAGGUAUCUUUAUUGAGGGUCUGUCUGAGAUGGUGGUUCACAACUGGGAGGAAAUGAGUCAGCUGUAUGAGCAGGGGACAAGAGUUAGAAAAAUGGGAACCAAUGAUAUCAGGGCUAACCAAGCCAGGGCUCAUUCAGUUUUCACCAUCACAGUUGAACAGAGAACAAGACAGUCCAGUAAAGUUGGAGUUAGAUCUGUUAUUUGUUUGGCAGAUUUAGCUAUGGGCGAGGCUGGGGGAACCUCAGAUACUCACAUUGUUGCUGGACUUCAGGGCCUAAUGAAUGUCCUUAGUGCUCUUGGGGGUCCCAAGAAAGGGAGCAAUAUACCAUACAGAGAUUCUGCAAUUACUCGAGUACUUCAGGACUCAUUUGGUGGUAACACUGUUACCCUGAUGUUUGCUGUCAUCUCACCAGUUGACAAAGCUCACAAAGAGUCACUGACCACACUUCAGUAUGCCUCAUAUGCAAAGUCUGCUAAAAACCAUGUCAAAGCAAAUCUGGACGAAACAGCAGAAAUCAUUGCUGAUCUGCGGGAAGAAAUUGCAAAGUUAAGAGAUAAGAUUGCAUCAACUUCCACACCCAGUAGGGAUGAUGUACACAAGCUUGAAGAUCUAGUGCAAGAUUUACAGAUAGCUAAGAUGUCAACAUGGGCAGAGAGAGAGAAGCUGUCCAAGAAAUUUGAAGAGGAGAGAAAGGUUAAUUUAGCAAACAAGGGAAUUCUUGACUGGGUCAUGGAUAACAUGAAAAAGGGAAACAAAGAGAUUCAGGAAAAGAUGCUGCUUCUACAGAAGGAAAAGGAUCAGGUGACUGCACAGUACACAGAAAAGAGGAGGGUAGUGGAUGGUUUGAAUGAAGAGUUGCAGAAAAAAAUUGCUGAGUACUCAAAGUAUCAGGACAGUGGAAAAUUAACUGACUCUGAAACAAAGAAAAGAGUGACAGCCAUCCAUGAAAUCAAAGAAAGACUGAAGAAGGAAUCGGAAGGGUUAAAGCAGAUCAAGUCCCAGUUAAGAGAUCUAGCAGAGAAGCAGAGGGAAGAACGAGAUGAAGUCAAUUCCCAAAUGACUGCCUUGAAAGGAAGCACUGAACUACGUCAACAAGUGGAGAAGGAGGAGCGGCUAAGAGUGGAGAAGGAAAACAGGGCCAUGAUAGCUGACGAAGUGGAGAAGAUGAAGACGGAACUGGAAACGGAAAAAUCACACAUUCAGUUGAAAGUGACUGAAAAUAAAUCGCACAGUGCUCAAGAAGUCGCACAAUUAGAAAUCCAAUUGGCAGAGAUGAAAUUAGAAAAAUCAGUCACAACCAUGAAGAUUCAACUCUUGGAGCAAGAAAAGGAAAGGCUGAUCAAAGAACUUGAUGCGGUAUACCAGGUACAUAAAGAUGAGCUUGAAUUUCAGAGGCUGCAUCACCUGGAGACUUUUAGGACAUACAGGGAGAUGUUUGAGGAGCAGAAGGCAGCACUUGACCAGCGAUACAGACAUCUUCUGGAGGAUGCCAUACAGGAUGCUGUCUUCUUGUCCAGCAGGAAUAAUGAACUUCAGGAAGAAAGUCAAAGCUUGAGACAACAAAAUGCCGAAAUGAGGGAUGCCAUUACAAAGCUUGGAGGACGCCUCCCAAGUCAAAUUGUGUGACAUUUCCAGUCUCUAAAUUCUUCUGUGAUAAUAUAGUAUUGUGAUAAAGAUACAGUUAUUUACAGAAUUAUAGGUAUACAGUCAUUAUAUCUUCUAAUCCGAGCCAUUUUUAAAAUUUUUUAUAACAUAAUUAUAUUUAAUUUUUACAAUUGACAUUGACCUUAACAGCAAUGAGUUUAUAAUACACAAAUGGAUAGGUCAUUCAUUAUCACUGAUUAUACAUUUAAUACAUGUAGUAAUUAAAUUAUCAAACAUAUACUGGUACUUCAGAAUU